AACGUCCUUAACCCAACUCCAUCAAUAACAUCACCAUCUUCAUAAUCAGCCCAACCACCAAAAAUGCUCUCCUUCCUUCGAACAAAAAUCUCACGCACAAAAACAGUAACCAACAACCCCGUCUACUUCGACGGCGGCCGCUCCUCCAUCGAAUUCAAAUCCCCAUCAGACCGCUACCUGGUAAUCAACCGAUGGCCGCCAGCAUCAACAGAAGCAAACAGAAACAUUGCCCUACGUCCUCCCCUCCACUGGCAUCGUCACCAAACAGAACAGUUCCAUGUCCUGCACGGAACAGCCAAAUUCAUCUGUGGUGGUGAGGAUGUGUUGAAAAAGGCGGGCGAGUCGAUGACGAUCCCCAUGAAGGCGUUUCAUACGUUCUGCAAUGCGAGCGAAUCUGAGGAGAUGGUGGUUGAGUUGGUUCUUGAGCCGAAGUGGAGGAAUAGAGAUGAGGCAUUUUUUCGUAAUGCGCAAUCGUAUCGCGAUGACUGUCGCAAAGCUGGAGUCCCGCGGAGUCUCCCUCAGGUGUUGCUGUUCAACUGGGCGGGAGGUGUGGUGCUUGCUUUGCCAGGGCCGGUAUUUAUCGCAAGGCCAUUAGGCGUGUUGAUGAAUUUCUUUGGCGGACUGGUACUUGGGAAGUGGAUUCUGGGAUACAAAGACUCGUAUCCGGAAUAUUGUCAAUCGCGAUAGAGCGAGAUGAUUUUUUUUACUGUUGAUUACGGUGAUAUGAUAGUAGAGUAGAAGCAACCCGGCAUCCCCUAUCUUAAGAGGUGUGAGGUGAAGACGUAUUGUGCCAGAUGGUAAUAGCUAUUUACACCCAGUACACGCAAGAUUCUGGUCUUCUCCAUCCGUAUCAAGUAAAUUGGGUAUAUUAAGAAAGCAAAGGAUCACAU